UGGCCCCGCAGAUCCCUCCGCCCGUGCUUGCUUGUGCUGAGGCUGAGGGAGCCGCCAUUUUGGGUGCUGAGCUUUUAAGUGCCAAGUUCCUUUCACCCGUUUUCACGCCUGGACUCAGCCAGGAGGAACAGCACAGCAUGCUGGGCUCUGGAUUUAAAGCUGAGCGUUUACGAGUUAAUUUGCGAUUAGUCAUAAACCGUCUUAAACUAUUGGAGAAAAAAAAAACGGAACUGGCCCAGAAAGCAAGGAAAGAGAUUGCUGACUAUCUGGCUGCUGGGAAGGAUGAACGAGCUCGGAUCCGGGUGGAGCACAUUAUCCGAGAAGACUACCUUGUGGAGGCCAUGGAGAUUCUGGAGCUGUAUUGUGAUCUGCUGCUGGCUCGGUUUGGUCUCAUCCAGUCUAUGAAGGAACUAGAUUCUGGUCUGGCUGAAUCCGUGUCUACACUGAUAUGGGCUGCUCCUCGGCUCCAGUCAGAAGUGGCUGAGUUGAAAAUAGUUGCUGAUCAGCUCUGUGCCAAGUAUAGCAAGGAAUACGGCAAGUUAUGUAGGACCAACCAGAUUGGAACUGUGAAUGACAGGCUAAUGCACAAACUGAGUGUGGAAGCCCCACCCAAAAUCCUGGUGGAGAGAUACCUGAUUGAAAUUGCUAAGAACUACAAUGUGCCCUAUGAGCCUGACUCUGUGGUCAUGGCAGAAGCUCCUCCUGGGGUAGAGACAGAUCUUAUUGAUGUUGGAUUCACAGAUGAUGUGAAGAAAGGGGGUCCUGGAAGAGGAGGAGGGGGUGGUUUUGCAACACCAGUUGGUGGACCUGAUGGAACAGUGCCAGUGCCUAUGCCCAUGCCCUCUCCAAGUACUCCGUUCUCCUACCCACUUCCAAAGGGACCAUCGGAUUUCAAUGGAUUGCCAGUGGGGACUUAUCAGGCUUUUCCCAAUAUUCAUCCACCUCAGAUACCAGCAACUCCCCCAUCGUAUGAAUCUGUUGAUGACCUUAAUGCUGAUAAGAAUGUCUCUUCUGCACAGAUUGUUGGUCCUGGGCCCAAGCCGGAAGCCUCUGCAAAGCCCCCUUCCCGACCCGUGGAUACCUACAACAACUUUGUACUGCCGGAGUUGCCGUCUGUGCCAGACACACUACCAACUGCAUCUGCUGGUGCCAGCGCCUCAGCAUCUGAGGACAUUGACUUUGAUGAUCUUUCCCGGAGAUUUGAAGAGUUGAAAAAGAAAACCUAGUUCUCUUCAACCAGGCAACCUCCAGGCUCUGAGAUUUGAGACUGAGCUUUUUCUCCUUGUAACAAAGAAUCUCCAUGAAAUUCGUUUUCAUCUCUUAACCAUCACUGAGCACACUAUUCCUCUGGGUUCUCUUUCUGCUCUAAAUUCUGCUGCUUUCCAGUUCUCUGUUGCUCCUAAGAAACUAAUGAUUAGAGACUAUGAGGCCAGAGCAGCUGACCCUGGGCAGCCGAGCUUGUCCAUCUCCCUUGAGUGUGAGCCCAGGUUCUCCCAUCACCUGUCCUGUUCCUCCACAGGGGAGUGGAAAGGUGAAAGCAUUAUGGGGAGAGCUGCCAAAGAUGGCUGGACACGGAGAAGAAUACUUCAUGAAGUCUCUCAGCCCUGUGCUGAAGUCCUAGACUUCGAAACAAACCCCUCUGUCCAGAGGGGUUUGUAGUGAGCAAAGGUGUGCCAUGAAUGGGAGAGACGGACUCUGGAAGCCCCUUUAACAGUUCUUGGAAGCUGGGUGCUCUCAUUGGCUUAUACACUACUCACUGCAGGCACUGUUCCACCUGGAUCCAGUUGCAGAGUUAAUUGGGAAAGUUGAAGGCUUCUCUUGGAUCUACUGGAUUCUCAGGGAGCCCUCCGUGGCCUUUUGCUUUGAGUGCUGUGUUCCCCUCUUACCAGAGGGCAGCACUGCAUAAACUCCUGUUUCCCCCAGGGCAUGUUCUGUUGGACUGCAUUUACUGGUGAACGAAGGACAGGUCACACACUGGGCAGAAGUCACCAAGGCUAGGGUGGGCUUCCAGUUGCCUUAACAGAAGUACUCAAGUUUCUUGGGUAGUGAGCUGGAAUGCCUACAGGGGAAGUGGCGUUCCUGUUUUCAUUUGAAAACUUUAUGAUUAAGAGAACCUUUAAAAACUGAUUUCACAUAAGUUUUGGGUGCCCAUAAAAAAUGUGGCUGCAGUUGUUGACUACUUUCCUAGGUGGAUGAGACUCUUUACUAUUGUAACUUAACAGUGUUCCUUUAACCCCUAGCUGAGGCCAUCCUUCCCCAGAGGGAUGGCUUUGGGAUCAGAAGAUAGGACUCUGGCUUCUGUGUAGUGUAAAUAUACACACCUGUUUCAAGCAACUUAAAUGUUUUUGAUUGGUUUGUAUCUCAUAGCUCAGUAGCUGAUAAUAAAGUUAAAAAUUCUGUGC